AUGCAUCGCAGGACGCGUCUCAGCUUACGGUCCACCUCGAUCAACGACAAGGAAAACGAAAAUGAACAGACACAGCUGCAAACAUCGGCACGAAAACGUCGAUCAACAAGGGUACCGCCGGUAGCUAAAGAGGAAGACUCGGAAGAGGAAUUGGCUGUACAUUCGCCGAAAAAAGCUGCCCGCAAACCUGGCCGUUCACGGCCGUCGAUCGUGCUGCAUGGUGAAGAGUUGGAAAAUGAAUCAAAAGUGGCCCCGGAUGCGAACGGGAAGCUUCCGGAGCGUGAGAAAGAAUACGAUGAGCUGGUGGCGUACGUUGAGAAUGUUUUGAGUUCCAAUGGGUCGGGCAGUUUGUACAUUAGUGGCCCACCGGGAACAGGUAAAACGGCAACGCUCCAGCGAAUACUGAACUAUCCGCCGUUUGUAAAGAAGCUUAAGCCCGUCUACAUAAACUGCACCUCAAUCAAGAGCGUCGGUAGCAUCUACAAGAAGAUCUCGGAAGAGCUAGACCUGAGGGUGUCCGGAACGACGGAGAAGCUGUACCAGGCUGCAAUAGAGACGCAUUUGGAGCGAAAGCACAAAACUAUCAUGCUGGUGCUGGAUGAAAUCGAUCAGCUAUCGAGCAGCAAGCAAACGAUCCUUUACAGCAUCUUCGAAUGGCCAGCCCGACCGACAGCUCGGCUCAUCCUGAUUGGAAUCGCAAACGCGCUUGAUCUCACCGAUCGUCUACUUGCCCGGUUGCAGGCCCGCUGCGAGCUGAAACCACACCUGAUACAGUUCCUCCCGUACACGAAGCAACAAAUUGUGGCUAUCCUAAAGGCCAGCCUGGCAGAAACCGACUCACUGUCACGAUUCCCGGAAGCGGCCCUCGGUUUGCUUGCUGCCAAAGUCGCUUCCACAUCGGGUGACAUCCGGCGGGCGCUGUUCAUUGCCAGGCGGUUAGUCGAAAGUGCCAAAAAGGAGGAUCGCACAACAAAAUCGGACACACCGACGGUCGUUAGCAUGGGACAGGUAAUGACGGUACUGAAGCAGGUGUACGGUGCAUCACAAACACUCAGCAAUGAUCUCGAGGAAGGUUUCCCACUGCAACAGAAGCUGCUGAUCUGCUCGUUGAUGUUGUUGCUAAAGCAUGGGAAGAAUAAGGACAUUACGGUGGGGAAGCUGCACGACGUGUACAAAACGAUCUGCACCAAGCGCAAUAUACAGGCGGUAGAUCAGACGGAGUUUAUCAGUCUCUGUACGCUGGUCGAAACGCGAGGAAUUAUGCGACUGCAGGGCAAGAAGGAACCACGGAUGCACCGGGUGUGUUUGCAGUGGGACGAGGAAGAGGUCAGCACGGCUCUGAACGAUAAGCAGCUCAUAGCGAGUAUCAUCAGUGAUGUGUCCUGUUUGGCGAAGUAGCGA